UCUGGAUAAUACACCAUACUUAUGAGUCUAUCAAUAGUAAUACCUCAUAGGGUGGAUAGGUUGAGUUCAUUGAGCUCAAUUGAUAAGUUCCUAUUUCAUAUAAGUUCGGUGAAAAAUCGACUUCUUGUGUUUUAUGAAGAAUCAAUUACUGGAUAUAUUAUUUAUAAGACUAAGGAUAAACCUCGUUUAACUCCAGUGUAUCUCGAUGUAACGAUUCUUCCUGCAGAUGCAGCAGAUAAUCCUUAUGAUCUGACUUAUAAAAGUACUGUUCAAAUCCCAACAGAUGACAAUAGUAGUAAUGGUAAUGGUGAUGGUAAUCACAAUAAAUUAUUCAAUAAUUAUGGUGUACUAAGUAAAACUCUACAAGACAAAGAUAUUGUCUUCUCGGGUAUUUCCAAUGAAGAUCACUAUAUAAUAUGGAAAUUUGAAGUACCCAUAACAUAUCCAAAGAAGAAAUUCUCUAAUCCAAAUCUUGUAUUAUCAUGCUUCCUUAAUGAACAAGAUCUUGAAUUAUCUGAUGGAAUAAUAACUCCUUUAAAGAGUAAUGAAACAUUACAAAAUUAUACUCCUGAUGAAGAUAAAAACAUAUUAUCAGAAUUAAAUAAUCAAAUAUUAAUCAAUUCAUUGUCUGAUACUAAAUUCUCCUUAUCAAAGAAAAUUAUAGAGCCUAUCAGUAUUCAACAAAGUGACGAAUUAUCAUCUACUGCUAAUCCUGAUUUGUCAAUGGAGCGUACGUCAGAUCUGAUAAUAAUUAAUAAUGGAAUUAGGGAAACUCAUAAAGCCACAAUAAGUAUACCUGUAUCACCUUCAUUAGUGAUUAAAUUAAAAUCAACUAAGCCAGCCGGUAGAAAUAAUCUUUUAUUGGCAACAUUAAAUAUAGAAGCUUCUGAUGAAUUAAGUAAAACCUUUACUCAAAAUGAAUUAGAACAUUAUUAUUUUAAAAUAUUGAAUGUAUCAAUGGAUUUUAAAUUUGGGAAAGUAGAAGAAAUUAAAUCUCAAAAUCUUAGUUUUCCAAUUGAAUUUAAAGUUAUAGAUGGGGUUAAUUUAACUUAUAAGUUAAUUAAUAAUGAGUAUUUGGAUACUGAGACAAAAAGUAUAGAUGUCAAUAAUAAUUAUCAAUUUACUAAACCUGUAGGUAUCAAAUUAACUUUACAAGUUCAAAAAUAUGUUCCUGAGAUUAAUACAAUGGAAGUAGUAAGUAAUAUUAUAACUACAAGUUGGUCUCCAUAUUUGGAUUUCAAUAUAAUUGCUCCUCCAAUCAAUAAUUUAUUGAAGACAAAUACAUAUUACUCACAAAUACAAUCACAACCUCAACCUCAACCAGUUCAAACUAUUCCUAUUACAAAAAAUUCAAGUACAAGGAAAUCAGCUAUAAUGAAUAGUUUAUAUAAAUUAAAAAGUCCUAGUGGUAAUAAUUUAUAUAAUUCAAAUAUGCAAUUAUCAAAUUCCAAUGCAUCUUUAUCAAGUAUAAAUAGUUCCAAGAAAAAGAAUCUUAUGGGAUCAGCUGCAUCAUCAGUGACAGUAAAUUUAACAACAAAUAGUAAUUCAUCAUUAUCAGGAUUAAAACUUACAUUUGAAGGUAAACUUAGUAUUAAAUUAGGAGAAAUAAUUAAUUGGAAAAUUCAAGCAAUAAAUAAUUCUUCAAAUAGAUUAAAUUUAUCUUUACUUGUUCAAGAUCCUAUACAUUUUAAUCCAGUAUACAGUUCAAAUACUACAAGUAAUAAUAUUUCUUCUUCCAAUUUAAUUAAUAAUAUUAACAAUGCAAAUAAUACUGUUAAUAAAAAUAAUGAAGUCAUAGUUUAUAAUAAAAUUCAACUUUAUUCAUUAUAUAAUAGUUUAAGAAUCAAUACUAGUGGAGUAAUUAUACUUAAUAAUGAUGUUAGAAUUGGUCCAUUAGAUCCAAAUACAGUAUUUGAAACUGAUAUACAAUUUAUUGGUAUUUCUAAGGGGAUUUUCAAUCUUGAUGGUGUUAAGAUUUUUGAUAUGAAUAGUGGUGAUGGUCUUGAUUUUGGUAAAUUAGUAGAAGUAUUUGUAGUUUAGACGUAUAAAUUGUAUUUUACAAUAAAUUAGCAUAUUUCUUGAAUAUAAGUAAUUAG